AUGCUGUCUUGGGACGUUUUUGGUUGGUUUAGAGAUGUAUUGGCUUCUUUAGGUUUGUGGAACAAGCACGGUAAGCUGCUUUUCCUUGGGCUGGACAACGCCGGUAAGACCACUCUACUGCAUAUGCUGAAAAAUGACAGGCUGGCUACGUUGCAGCCUACAUGGCAUCCAACCUCCGAGGAGUUGGCUAUCGGUAACAUUAAAUUCACUACUUUUGACUUAGGUGGGCAUAUCCAGGCACGUCGUUUAUGGAAGGACUAUUUCCCUGAGGUGAACGGUAUAGUGUUCCUAGUUGACGCCGCUGAUCCAGACAGAUUCAGCGAAGCCCGUGUUGAAUUAGAUGCUUUGUUCAACAUCGCAGAGCUCAAGGACGUCCCCUUCGUUAUUCUGGGUAACAAGAUCGAUGCUCCCAAUGCCGUCUCCGAAGCGGAGCUUCGUUCCGCAUUGGGUCUACUUAACACCACUGGUAACUCCAGAGUGGAAGGUCAAAGACCAGUCGAGUUGUUUAUGUGUUCUGUUGUCAUGAGAAACGGGUACUUGGAAGCCUUCCAGUGGUUGUCUCAAUAUAUUUAA